AUGUAUGUGAAAUUCGAUGUUGGUGAGGCCCAAGGCGGUUGGUGUCAAUUGCUGCCUGAGGUUUGGUCGGGGCUCACCAGCUGGCGACAGCUGCCCGGCGGAACAUUGAACCCAUGCCCCUCCAUCAACCAACCUCGUACCAAUUUUACCCCGCCAUAUGCGCUACGUGAGCUCGAGACUUUGCAAGAGCUCAAGCGCCUUCAACUCCAACAACAGUCUGCAGUAAUGGCAGACGUAGAACAACAACCAGAAGUCUCGGCUGAGCCUCAAGCCAGACAUGUAACAUACUGCGGUGUUUGCACACUGCCACCAGAGUACUGCGAAUAUGGAGGAACCGUAAAAAAGUGCCAGGAAUGGCUAGAAAAGAACAACAAGGAAAUGUAUGACCGGAUCUGGUCUGCCGAGGCCCUGGAAGCUGCAACUGCAUCCCUAUCCAUCGAGGCACAAAAGAGAGCUGCCAAAGAUGCCCAGAAGAAGGCUGCAAAGGCGGAGGCUGCGGAGGCGAAGCAGGCAGACAAGAUGGCCAACAGCGUCGUAACGAUUAAGCGUAUCGAGCGGAAUAAGAAGAAGUUUGUCACGGCUGUUAUUGGACUGGAGGCUUUUGGACUCGAGCUGAAAAAGGUUCAUCUUCCCCCAUCAAAGCUUCUAUUUACGUGCUCUCCCGGUACUAAUAAUAUCAUCUACAAGGUUGCCAAGGAUCUCGGCAAAAAGUUUGCUACCGGCUCAUCCGUCACCAAGCUGCCCAGCGGAGGAGAAGAAAUUGUGGUCCAGGGUGACGUUAGCGACGAGCUGGAAGAGUUUAUUUUGGAAAAGUACAAGGAGAUACCCGCAGACAACAUUGAGCUUGUCGACGACAAGAAGAAGAAGAAGGCAACGUAA